AUGCUCGACAGGGAGACUGCUACGAUCGCAACUGUCGACAUAGUUCGGCCCAUCCUCGUGGCCAUGAUUGCAACGUUCAUGGAUGUGGUGGAUACUGGUACGAGCGUGAAAAGACUGUAG